AUUAUUUUCUAAACUAAAUUAAAUUGAGCCUAAAACUUGUUAAACGACACGGAAACGAUAGAGAGAGAGAGAGAGAGGAGAAAGGAGCCAUUUGGGUUAUUCCAAUUCUCAUCAACUCCUACGGUGAAAAAGGAUGUACGUGAGGGCGCUUCCGACAACAGAUGUGAACCGGAACACGGAGUGGUUCACGUAUCCUGGCGUAUGGACCACUUACAUACUAAUCCUCUUCUUCUCGUGGCUCCUCGUUCUCUCCGUCUUCCACUGCUCCCCUGGCAUGGCCUGGACCAUCGUCCACCUCGCCCAUUUCACCGUGACGUAUCAUUCGUUCCACUGGAAGAAGGGAACACCGUUUGGGGAUGAUCAAGGGAUCUACAACAGGUUGACUUGGUGGGAACAGAUUGACAACGGCAAGCAGCUCACUCGCAACCGCAAGUUCCUCACCGUUGUUCCCAUCGUCUUGUACUUGAUUGCUUCUCACACAACAGACUAUCAACAUCCGAUGCUCUUCCUCAACACAUUGGCCGUCUUUGUAAUGGUCGUUGCGAAAUUCCCGCACAUGCACAAGGUCCGGAUUUUUGGAAUCAAUGGAGACCAAUGAAGGAAGCCUUAACAAGACUAAGCCAAAAAAGGGUAUGUGUAUAAUGCGAGACAAGUAGAUUUUGGAAGCUUGGAAUACAAUUACAAAAGAAAAAUGCCAUUGUCACUCACAUUUGAUUCCGCAUGUGUUACUCUCAUCCCAUGGCAUCUAUACUGUUUCUUUGGGGCUGCUUCUAAUCAAAUUUCUUUCUUUAUUUUUUGGUUUCUCUGUUUCUUAUUCGGUUUAGCGAGGAAAUGUAGGAUUUGGAUGAUUAGUUUGGGUAAGAAAGGGUCUUUGAAAUGUAUGCAACUCUUCGUCAUUUUUUUUAUAUAUAAAGAUUAUUCAUUA